AUAACCAAAUUUUAAGAUGCCCGGAUGUUCGUCAUUUCAUCACCAUGUUGUCACAUACGAUUCAAAGUUUUAUAUUAAUUAAUCAGUAAUGAACGUGCCAUUACCUUGAUAUACAACACAAAAAUCAUAAAGAUGAAGCUUGUUAGCAGAGAUAUUGAUAAAAAUGGACAGGGAUGUGUAACCCUGAUCCCUGAUGAAGCUGAAGACAUGUGGCAUGCAUACAACCUUGUCUGUGUUGAAGAUACGCUGAGAUCAACCACUAUAAGAAAGGUGCAGAAUGAAUCAGCCACUGGAAGUGUGAGUGUAAAUAAGGUACGGACAACCCUCACAAUCCGAAUAGAAACUAUAGACUUUGAUACACAAGGUUGUGUAUUGCGAGUAAAGGGCAGAAAUAUAGAGGAGAAUCAGUAUGUCAAGAUGGGAGCGUACCACACACUGGAUCUCGAGAUGAAUAGAAAAUUUACCCUAGGAAAACAUGAGUGGGAUAGUGUAGCAUUAGAUAGAAUAGAGCUAGCAUGUGACCCAACACAACAUGCCGAUUUAGCUGCAAUAGUGAUGCAGGAGGGUCUUGCACAUGUAUGUCUGAUCACACCAAACAUGACCCUAGUUAGAGCAAAAUUAGAAACAAAUAUACCAAGAAAAAGAAAAGGAAGCUGUUCUCAGCAUGAUAAGGGGCUCACUAGAUUUUAUGACCAAAUAUUACAAGCAAUAUUGAGACAUGUAAAUUUUGAUAUUGUGAAAUGUGUUUUAGUUGCUAGUCCUGGAUUUGUAAAAGACCAGUUUAUGGAGUAUAUGUUUCAACAAGCCUUAAAGUUAGACUAUAAAAUAUUGUUAGACAACAAGUCAAAAUUUGUCAUGUGCCAUUCCUCAUCUGGAUUUAAACAUUCUUUAAAAGAGGUGUUACAAGACCAAACAAUAGUGUCCAAAUUGUCUGAUACCAAAGCUACAAGUGAAGUGAAAGCAUUGGAUGACUUUUAUCAGAUGCUACAGAAUGACCCAUCCAGGGCAUUUUAUGGAAUAAAGCCUGUAGAGAAGGCAGCUGAGCAUCAGGGUAUUGAAGUUCUGCUUAUAUCUGAUGAAUUAUUUAGAUCUAUGGACCUCAAAUCCCGAAAGCGUUAUGUGAAACUUGUGGACACAGUGCGAGAAGCUGGUGGCGAUGUCAAAGUAUUUUCUAGUUUACAUGUAUCUGGAGAGCAGUUAGGUCAGUUGUCAGGCGUGGCAGCCAUUCUAAGAUUUCCAAUGGAUGACGAGGAUUCGGAUGAAGAAGAUUGACGUUGAUUCGUUGAAUUAGUUGUGAUUUCUACAGCUGAAUAUCCUCUUUGUUACAUGUUAAUAAAGACUUUAAGCCCAGUAUACACUGUUAUGAUAAUGAAGUAGGGUUUUCGUUAUGGUCCUGUUGUGAAUCCAAAUUCUGUCAUACUGGUUCACUGUCACAGGUCAUUUGUUAUAAAUAUAAUAGGUCGAGGAUCAGGUACUGAGCGAUUUGUGAAAAAUGUAUGUAGCAACUUAUUUGUUACAUGAUUAAUUGUAAAUCAAACCAAUUGUACAGAUCAUGUUUGAGAAUAUUACAGUCAUAGUUUUAUUGUGAAAUAAUUUAUUUUUGUGGGCAAGAAAUUUCUUUGUUUGGGCCAGAUUGGUUUUGUGGGCUUAUGAGUUGAUGGAUUUGCAAAUUGAACAUAAAAUGAAUGAGGAUUUUACUUGUUCAUUGGGAUUUUAUUUUGUGGAUAGACUCAACCUCAAACUCAACAAAAAUUAGCUCCACUAAGAAUAUUAAAGAUUUCCCUGUGUUACAUUUGUAUAGAAUUUUAGAAUUUUGCAUUAAAGAUGGCUUAAGGAGUUAAGUUUUACUCUGUGAUAGAACUAGUGUAGAGUAUUUCUUAAUACAGUGCUAAUAAUUGUUUUAUGUCUUGAAUAUUUACAUAUAGUGGUAUGCAAUGGAAUGAUGUCUCACUACAAAUAUUUGACAUGUUGAUACAGAAGACUCAUUGUAGAAAAAAACAACAUGUUUCCAUUGUAUUUUUUUUUGUAACCACAGUUUAUUAUAUUUUGGUAAUUACACUAUGAUUUUAUCAAAAUAUGAUUUCACUGGUAGGAUACAGGAGAAUUUCUAUCUUUAACAAAGAAAUUUCUAACAAGAAAAUGCAAAUAUAAAUCUGGUCAUGUAAAAUCUGUACAUCUCAUAGGUCUAGUUUACUUUUUCCAACAGUGUUGAUGUAGUCAGGUAAAGGGGUAAAAUUUGGUGAAAAACCCUGAAAAGACAAAUUGUAAAACAGACGUGUUUUUUAUCAAAUUUAAGUUUAAACUAAUUUUUCUUAUGAAUAGCAGAAGUUUUAAUUUUUACUUAUUGCUCCACCACUUGUGAAAAUACUGUAUCUGGUGCCGACUUGGUGAAAGUAUUUGUAGCUUACACUGAAACGAACAGACAAAUCUUCUAUUUAAUAGGAUAUAAUUUAACAUUGAGUGAAAUUUCUUGAUUUCUGAGUUUUGCUUUUUACAGAUUUGAGUAGCAAAAUUUUUAUUUUCUUUAUUUCAGAAAAAUUAUUCUACAAUAUUCAUAUCUGGGUGUAAAUGUAGAACAGACCUAGAUCACAUGUUUUGUUAAGUUAUGUUUAUUUAUUUCAUAUUUUUAGCGAAAUAUAUUGACAUUGAUAUUUCUUGGUUCUUUUUUUAGCUCACCUGUCACAAAGUGACAAGGUGAGCUUUUGUGAUCGCGCAGCGUCCGUCGUCCGUGCGUAAACUUUUGCUUGUGACCACUCUAGAGGUCACAUUUUUCAUCGGAUCUUUAUGAAAAUUGGUCAGAAUGUUUACCUUGAUGAUAUCUAGGUCAAGUUCGAAACUGGGUCACGUGCGGUCAAAAACUAGGUCAGUAGGUCUAAAAAUAGAAAAACCUUGUGACCUCUCUAGAGGCCAUAUAUUUCUCAAGAUCUUCAUGAAAAUUGGUCAGAAUGUUCACCUUGAUAAUAUCUAGGUCAGGUUUGAAACUGGGUUACGUGCCGUUAAAAACUAGGUCAGAAGGUCAAAUAAUAGAAAAACCUUGUGACCACUCUAGAGGUCAAAUUUUUCAUGGGGUCUUCAUGAAAAUUGGUCAGAAUGUUCACCUUGAUGAUAUCUAGGUCAGGUUCGAAACUGGGUUACGUGCGGUCAAAAACUAGGUCAUUAGGUCUAAAAAUAUAAAAACCUUGUGACCUCUCUAGAGGCUAUAUAUUUUACAAGAUCUUCAUGAAAAGUGGUCAGAAUGUUCACCUUGAUGAUAUCUAGGUCAAGUUCGAAUCUAGGUCACGUGCCAUCAAAAACUAGGUCAAUAGGUCAAAUAAUAGAAAAACCUUGUGACCUCUCUAAAGGCCAAUUUUUUCAUGGGAUCUGUAGUAAUGUUGGUCUGAAUGUUCACCUUGAUGAUAUCUCGGUCAAGUUUGAAACUGGGUCACGUGCGGUCAAAAACUAGGUCAGUAGGUCUAAAAAUAGAAAAACCUUGUGACCUCUUUAGAGGCCAUACUCUUGAAUGGAUCUUCAUAAAAAUUGGUCAGAAUGUUCAUCCUGAUGAUAUCUAGGUCAAAUUCGAAACUGGGUCAUGUGCCUUCAAAAAAGUAGGUCAGUAGGUCAAAUAAUGAAAAAACCUUGUGACCUCUCUAGAGGCCAUAUUUUUCAUGGGAUAUGUAUGAAAGUUGGUCUGACUGUUCAUCUGGAUAAUAUAUAGGUCAAGUUUGAAACUUGGUCAGCUGCGGUCAAAAACUCGGUCAGUAGGUCUAAAAUUAGAAAAAUCUUUUGACCUGUCUAGAGGCCAUAUUUUUCAAUAGAUCUUCAUGAAAAUUGGUCUGAAUGUUCACCUUGAUGGUAUCUAGGUCAGUUUUGAAACUGGGUCACAUGCGGUCAAAAACUAGGCCAGUAGGUAUAAAAAUAGAAAAACCUUGUGACCUCUCUAGAGGCCAUAUUUUUCAUGAGAUCUUCAUGAAAAUUAGUGAGAAUGUUCACCUUGAUGAUAUCUAGGUCAAGUUCAAAACAGGGUCACGUACCUUUGAAAACUAGGUCAAUAGGUCAAAUAAUAGAAAAAGCUUGUGACCUCUGUAGAGGCCUUAUUUUUCAAUGGAUCUUCAUGAAAAUUGGUCAGAAUUUUUAUCUUGAUGAUAUCUAGAUCAAAUUCAAAACUGGGUCACAUGAGCUCAAAAACUAGGUCACUAUAUCAAAUAAUAGAAAAAACGACGUCAUACUCAAAACUGGGUCAUGUGGGAACAGGUGAGCGAUUCAGGACCAUCAUGGUCCUCUUGUUGUUUUUUUUGUUGAAUAGAAAACAGUAUUUUUAUAUUCAAGUACACAGUAAGUUAUUGGUUAGGUUAAGGCUGAAUUUGUAUACAUGUAAUCACUUGGUUCUUGACGUCUGCAGAUUCAAACCCUGCUUGGGUAGUGAUCUGAGGAAGCUGUCUAUGCUUGCAGAAGGUUGGUGGUUUUUCACAGGUUUUGUUUCUGCUUGAAAAUAUGUCGGGAGAGGCAAGAGGGGUUUUACUCCACCAUUUUAAGCUAAAAACUUGCCACGUGACCUGAACUGUGUCUGUGCAUUUUAAAAACUUGAUGAAAAAAACCAUGGCUAGAUAAGCAUAUACAUGUAGAAGAUACAUGCACAUUGUACUUAGCAUCUGCCCAGAUAGGUAAUAAAUUCUUAGACAGACUUAAUUAAAUAUAUACAUAAGUUUAAAAGGUUUUUCAGCAUAUCAUCUCUCUCCACGUUAAUGGAAUACGUACAUUUACUCCAUCUCAAUCUUUGUGUCACAGACUGCAACAACCUGUGUUCAAAUGUAAAGUUUUCUAAAAUGAGCAUAAUGUUAUGUGCUUUUCAAAAUAUAUUUUUGCAAUCUUUAUGCAAAGGCUUUUCUCAUUUGCUUUACAGUAAGAAAAUGCAUUUAUCUCGAGAUCUAACUUUUUCAUAAUAUUUUCUGGAAUCUGUUGAGUCUACUAUAUUUGUAUGUAAUAGAAUAUAAGGGACUGGGUUAAAUGCUGGACAAAAUUUUAGGCAGGUUUCUAAAUGCUACUCAUUCACAGUCACUUUGAAAAAAAAUAAUCUUCAUUUACAUUUUGUUUAUACCAGUAUUACAAAAUUAACAAAAAAGUGAAAACCUGUAAUAAUGUCAAUUUACAUGAAGAAUGCUGAAGAUAGUUAAACUUUUACAACACUGUAUUUUUCUUGCAGAAACUCAUCCCAAAUGCUUCAUUUGUUCAUAAGUUACUAUAGAUCGGGUAAGUUUUGCAUGGGCUUUAUUUAGAGGAUUAAUGGCUAUCAAUCUUAAUUGCAGUGUUAAGACUUUGCGAAAUACGGGUACUUGUGAUUUAGGACAUGAUACACAUUAAUGUUUACGAAUACUUUGAAUUUGCAAGUGGCAUAAUUAAUGAAUAUUAGCAAAAAUAAAACCAUUUUGAAUAUCGAAUCUAUAGAAUGAAAUUUUUAAUUUUGAGAAGAGUAGAUCAAAUUAAAAUUGACAUAGUUCUUUCAGAGUUAUAGCAAUUUAGUUUAUCUACUAAUGUUAUAAAAGCUUGAAUUUUAUUUGAUUUACUCUUUUGUAAACUUUUUGGAGAAACAAGCACUGAGGCAUGGUCAUGACCCCAGUUUGGCUUGAACCCAUGACCUCUUGGAUGCGUGGCUGACAGUUUUAAUCACUAGAUCAUUCUCUCCUUGUGGGGACUGUGCAGCUGUUUGCACAUACCCUUUUAGUUUAAACGUGUAACAUUUACUUUAUCUGAAAAUGAUAAUUAGGGAAAGUUAAAUAAUAUAUUUUGCAAAACAUUAAGGAUACUGAUGGUUUAAAAAUAUUCAGAUUCAAAGUGACCUUUUCAAUAAAGUUUAACGACCUGAUGAUAAUGUAAUUGUAGAAACAAAAGACCUGGAUGUUCAAACAGUGUACACUAACAAUAGCCACUAGUCCUGUGAACUGAACUUUAUUGAAUAAGCAUAUAACUUUUAUGAGAAAGGUCACUUUGAAUCCAAUUUAAGUGAUAUUGGCAGAUACAUUGUUGUUGUUAUUGUUGUUGAAGAAAAGUUAUUCCGCUGCCGAAUGCCUGUGUAGCUAUUAUAUAGCAGUGCAAUAAAAAUGUGAAAUGAUUUGAAA